AUGGCAAAAAAAGUUUUGUCAUAUUAUGAUGUUAUACUUUAUGAAGAGGAUGUAAAAUUAUUUGAUGAUUAUAACUGGAUCAAUGAUCAAUGUAUUGAUUUUUAUAUAGAACCAGCAUUAAUUUACCUUAUAUCCAAUGCUGCUGUAUUUUCAUCAGAAAUAUUUUUUAUGAUAAUAAAUAACAAUUUAAAUGUAAAUCAACCAAGAGGUGGAACUCAUUGGUCAUUAUUAAUCUAUGUUAAAGGGCUUAAUACAUUUUUUCAUUUUGAUAGUUGUCAUAAUAUGAAUGAAAAGAUUGCUAAAUUUAAUGCACUUAAAUUUUCAGAAAUUAUUAAAAUUCAAGACAAAUUAGAUGUUGAGAAAUUACUUGAAAUCAGUCGUGAUGAUGUUUUGCCUGCUAAAAUAAUGAGAGAAAACUUGAGAAAUCUGAAGGGUACACUUGGACCAAAUCACACUUGUUAUUUGAUUGGAGCGGUUUAUCUAAAUUAUGAAAGGUUGACACCGAUCAAAAGCGUUCAUUUGGAUUUGAUUGGUAUUGAGAAAACUUGUUGGUCCAAUGUUCACGGUAGAUCGAAAACUGUUUAUAAUGGUGAAGAAGUUUUGGAAAAUCAUUUUUCUACAGAAUUGGGAUCUGUGAAUUAUAUUCUUAGAGCCACUGUUAGUAAAAAAGUAUUUCCAUUCUUGAAAUCUCCAUCAUCACCAUUGUCAUCGUCGUCAUUGUCGAUAAAUAUUAAUCAGGCAGUUGAGAUUUUGUGCCCGUUGAAAAGAACUUUAAUUCUUGAUAAUGAAGAUAAAAAUAACAUUAUUCAUUAUAAUCUGAAAGGAAAAACCAAAAAUGGAGAUAUUGAAUAUGAUUUUAUGCUACCACCGAAUAAAAUUUUAAAUAUCGAUGAAUAUGAAGCAGGAUGUUUUCAUGAAAUUGAAUUUUUCAUCCCAAAUAAUAUUUUACCAACAUAUUUUGGUAAAUUUAUAACAAUAUCACAUAAAUUAUGUUUUAAAUUGUGCUUGUGGGGUGAUUCAGAUUUAUUAAUUAAAGAAGAUGUAAAGGUUGCAAAUAUAAUUAACAAAAUCAAAGUUGAUUUGCCAUUACCACCUUCACCAGCACAAUCACCAAAUGAUGACAUUAAUAGUAAUUUUCUCUUUGCCAAGAAAAGCAUAACACAAAGUCAAAUUGAAGAUUGUUUCGUCAAUUUUAAAGGAAAUGAAAUUAAUUGA